AUGGUCAAAGCCGUCACUGUCCUCCGAGGAGACGCCAAGGUCUCCGGCACCGUCAUCUUCGAGCAGGCCUCGGAGGGUGCCCCUACCACCAUCACCUACGACAUCACCGGCAACGACGCCAACGCAAAGCGUGGCUUCCACAUCCACACCUUUGGUGACAACACCAACGGCUGCACCUCUGCCGGCCCUCACUUCAACCCCUUCAACAAGACUCACGGCUCUCCUUCUGAUGAGGCCCGUCACGUUGGUGACCUUGGUAACAUCGAGACCGAUGCUCAGGGUAACGCCAAGGGUACCAUCACCGACUCCCUUGUCCAGCUGAUUGGCCCCAACAGCGUCAUUGGCCGCACCGUUGUUGUCCACGCCGGCACCGACGAUCUCGGCAAGGGUGACAACGAGGAGUCCCUCAAGACUGGCAACGCUGGUCCUCGUCCUGCUUGCGGCGUUAUCGGCAUCUCUGCUUAA